UUGGCAAAAUGUCCGGGCAAAGUCAGCGUUUGAAUGUUGUUCCCACAGUUACGAUGCUUGGAGUUAUUAAAGCUCGCCUUGUUGGAGCAACAAGAGGCCAUGCUUUACUGAAAAAGAAAAGUGAUGCUUUGACUGUGCAGUUCCGUCAGAUUUUAAAGAAAAUAGUAUCAACAAAGGAAUCAAUGGGAGAUGUCAUGAAAAAUUCCUCCUUUGCUCUGACAGAGGCAAAAUAUUCUGCUGGUGAGAACAUCAAGCACGUUGUCCUUGAAAAUGUCCAGAAUGCAACUCUUAAAGUUCGAUCUCGACAGGAAAAUAUUGCUGGGGUGAAGCUCCCCAAAUUUGAGCAUUUCUCUGAAGGAGAGACCAAGAAUGACCUGACUGGAUUAGCUAGAGGGGGGCAACAGGUACAAGCCUGCCGUGCUGCUUAUGUGAAAUCUAUUGAAUUGCUUGUUGAGCUUGCGUCGCUGCAAACAUCAUUCUUGACUCUCGAUGAGGCAAUCAAAACCACAAAUCGGAGGGUCAACGCCUUGGAGAAUGUUGUGAAGCCUCGGUUGGAGAAUACAGUUACUUACAUCAAGGGGGAACUUGAUGAAUUGGAAAGGGAAGACUUUUUCCGUCUGAAGAAGAUACAAGGUUACAAGAAGAGGGAGGUAGAGAAACAGGCGGCCGCUGCCAGGCUAUAUGUAGAGGAGAAGGCUGCCGAAGAAAUUUCUUUGAAGAGAGGUAUUACACUUCGUUCAGCCCAUAACUUACUGUCCCACUCUUCACAGAGAGAUGAGGACAUUAUUUUCUGAUUAGGAGGUCAGCUUUUUAUAUAAGUUAUGUUUAUUGUCUAAUAUAGGAAUGGAUAAUAUUCUCGGAUUGAGAUAUUUUCCUUGUCCAAUAAGAGCUCUAUGCAUGUUUGUACUUAGUGAGCUCUAUGGGGAGCUGCCUCAUUGGCUAGUUAUGUGUUUUUUUUUCAAUUUUUUGAUUCAAUGACAUCCUUGUACUUGUUUUCCCUGGGAGAGCUGUUGGAUGGAAAUUUUAUUUUGAACACUGAAAAGCUUAUCUUC